CGCCCAGAUUAACAGUCUCGAACUGUACAUAGGUCAAGAAACUUGUAGAGAAGCUGGCAAAUGUGAAAGCGCACAGCUAUUUUACUUCCUCUUAUUAUAUGUAUGUAUUUAUUUGUUUAUUUAUUUAUUAUUAUUUUUUUAAAUUUCGCUACUUUUGCCAUAAAUCGCAAAACACGACGCCAUUAAAUAAAUAUGCAACGGCUAAGUGAACACCAUAUCCAUGCAGAAGUGGGAGCAUCAUGAUACAGUAUAUGGCUGCUUCUCUUCAGAAGCUGGGUAUUGAGACCAUCCCAUCAGACAUGAAGGAACUUCAGACAGACAAAAUGGUUUGGAAUUUUUUUUUCUUUUCUGUACAGAUUUGGAGCACAAAUCCAGAAAUAUAAAUCUUACAUAAUGGAGAAAAACAUGUAUGUCCAUGCGGGAAGAAAUCCUCUACAGCAUGUGUAGAGUUGAAGAUGUUUUAUAAAUGCAAGCGGAGGUGUACAGCACAGCUUUGAGAGCAUCUGCGACAAUAUUGGCAGCAGUUUUAUAAGCAGUUAUGAUGGCAUUCAUCCACAACUUCAAAAGAGGAUUGAACCCCGAGCUGAGCCUAGCUUGGCAGUACAGGAUGAAGAAGAAGAAACAUCAGAAUCUGUUAUUUGUGGGUGUAGUAGCCUGGGUGUUGCUAUCCUUUGUUUUUUUCUGGCAAAACACCUACUCUGACAUGAUCGUCGUCCGCUUGUCUGUACUGCUAAGUUCCACCCAGGGCAGCAUGAGGCUCAUCACUGCUUCCCAUGUGGAAAACAACAUCAGUGCUGAACAGCUGAAUGACAAAUAUCGCCGUCAUGGCAGAAAUUUCCAACCUCCUGUAAUUCAACAGAAUUGGAGUUUAGAUGAGUCCUGGGUAGAUAAAGUGGUAAGAGGACUGUGGAUGGGCUGGGCAACUUCUGACAUGCUGAGUUUGCGGCUUCAGAAAGCCAAGAAGAAAUAUACUGCUAUCAAUCUGUACAAGGUGAAUUAUAAAAGACACUUGAAGGAGCAGAGGGACAAGAAGAAGCUCCUGUGCCAGCUAAAGCAGCAGGAACCGCUCCGUACUCUGAAUGGGUCGGAGGAGCCCUUCGCCAGCCUAGGGUGGCAGAAACUGGUGCCCCACCAACCUCUGGAGCAGACCAUUAGAGGCCCCUACAGGACAUGCGCUGUGGUUUGCUCUGCUGGUGCCAUUCUCAACUCAUCCCUGGGUCUUGAGAUUGAUUCUCAUGAUGCAGUGCUUCGGUUCAAUGCUGCUCCAACUGAGGGCUAUGAGAACGAUGUGGGCAGCAAGACCACCAUUCGCAUCAUCAACUCUCAGAUUAUGGCUGAUCCACAGUAUAUGUUUGCCUACAGUCCUCUGUACAGGAAUAUUACACUUGUUGCAUGGGAUCCUGGUCCAUAUUCUGGCAACCUUGAAAAGUGGUUCAAGAGCCCAGAUCAUGACCUGUUCACAGCAUAUAUUGAACACAGGAUGAGAUCUCCAUCACAGCCCUUCUACAUCCUGCACCCAGACUUCCUCUGGAACCUGUGGGACAUUCUUCAGAGCAACACAGAAGAGACCGUCCAUCCCAAUCCACCCUCAUCAGGGUUUAUAGGUAUCUUUCUGAUGAUGAGCAUUUGUAAGACUGUUGAUAUCUACGAGUUCAUCCCAUCUAAAAAACACACAACUCUGUGCCACUACUAUGAGCAGUACCAUGACUUUGCCUGCACACUGGGAGCAUAUCACCCACUGUUUUAUGAGAAGCUCCUCGUCAGAAGAAUGACCACUGUCUCUUUGGACGAACUUAUGAAAAAGGGCAAGGUCACUGUCCCAGGGUUUAGUCAGAUCACCUGCUCAGGGCAAAAUAAAGUAUAAUAAAGAUGGUGGCAUAAACAGAAAUGAUUGAAUUAAAAUAUGAGAUAAAUCAGAGUUUUUUACACUGCAUUACUACUAUGGGGAAAGGGGAGGGGUGAAAGGUAUGAAUAGUUGUACUUUCUUACUAUAUUUAAAGAUAAGACCGAAUACCUGACAAAUCUUGAAAGUUUCUUCUCAUCUAGCCAAUGACUGUGUGCUAAUGUAUCGGUCGAGCGUGCUCAGUUUAGAAUCCAAUCAUUUGCGUUUAGAAUCCAUUCACUUCCAUUUAGAAACCUUAAUGUUCUGUUCAUCAGUGUUGAAAAACACGAAUUAUGCCAGUUCAUCACAAUAAGUUAACGUUAUAGGUAUCUGUACAUCUGAAUAUGGAUAAACCACUGGACUGCAGUUUGAAUCCUGAGUACUCCUGUAAACAGCAGUUUUUCCUGCUGAAAAACAAAGACUUGAACUUUAGCAUACAGUACAUGGAGACUGGAAGCUAAGGAUAACAAUGUUGGAAUAUUGUAAUGGAGAACUGGCAUCAGAAAAUGUCUGCUACAACAUGCAAAACAAUCUGAGCCAAACAGACCUAGAGAACAGCAGUUUUAGUACAUACACAAUUAGAUUAAGCACUGAUCGAGACACUGGUACCUAUGACGGGAUGUUUGGAGUGUGGGACAAAAGGGGACAAUAUUUUGGACGAAAGCCUUUCAUAUCUUUAUCAUUGUUAGGAGUAAACCACUAUACUUAUGUUCAUAUUGAGAAUGCACAUUCGUUUAUUCGAAAUUGGUUUCAUAAUUUCAAAAGUGUAUUCAUUUUUAAAGGUAACUCUUACUCAGGAUUGUAAAUUUUAACCACUUUUGACAUUUCGAUAAGAUAAAAAAUUAAAUGCAAAUAAAAACCAUUUAAGAACUUAUUGUCCACCCUUCUAAAUGUCUUGAAGUUUAACUAAUGUCUAAUUCAAUUUGUUCAAAAAUACUUGGCAGUAUGUUGUUUUUAAGGAUUAAUGGUUUUCCUUCUCUUUUGUGGGGCAACACAACAAUGGUUUCAUAAUGUGUCUUAAAAUGGACAGAUUAUAUUUUCAUUAUAUUUAUUUUUUGUUUACACAAAACACAAAUGU